GGACAGGGGAGGUAGGGGACGGUACGUGUGCGCACGCGGCGGCCUGUGGUGAGUUGACGGCUAGACUGAAAGGGAGAGGGAGAUAUUUAGUGGCAGGCGGACGGAGACAUGAGGCGGGCCUAUGGCGGAGCCGUGCAAGCAUCACUUUCCCACGCACUCCUCACAAUCCCCCUUCCACUCAACCCCGCCCCCACCCUCCUAUAAUUUGACUCCAAAAUCAUCUCUUUCAACUCCGUCUUCCCUCUUGAACUCCCCCUCCCUUCUCUCUCCCUAUCGGCCGGAGCUCCCGCUCGGAGUUUUGUUUCCUUGAGAAAAAUGAUGGAGGAGCUGAAAGCUUUGUCGGGCGGAGCAAUCUGAUGAUCGCCGGUUUCCAUGCUCUUAGAUAGGUGAUGGCAUUGUGCGGCGCCGGUCUGAGUUGGGGCGUGGAUGGAGUUGAAGCAGGGUGCUCGAGACGAAAUUUGUCGACUGUACUUGUUGGACUUGGACCCUCCCGCUCAUACUUCAAUGGGCGGUCAUUGGUUUCGAUUCCGAGACAGUUUGGGAAAUUAUGGUGUUGCUCGUCCGGUAAAAGUGGUUCUGCCUUGGAAUCUAAGGUCGGGCCCGAUGCCAAGAAUGGUCCAUCAGUAUCACUGGAGGAGGAACUGGAGCAUGUUAUGAGGUUCAAGAUGUCUGACUUUAAGGUCCUUAAUUCAGUCAGUAUUGGCCUCGGUGGACGGGCAGAUGAGAUGGUAUUUGAGGCCAUGGUGAAGGAUCCUAAGAGCCCUUUAAAUGACACCAAAGUAGUGCUGCGGCGCCUCACUAGUGCUCAAGCGAAACGUCGAGGGAAACGAGCAAUUGAGGUACUGAAGAAGCUGGUUUGUCGCAAGAUCAUGUACUAUUCCUAUUCAAUGCAAGUUCAUGGGUACUUGUCAUCGUCCAAGGAGAAUGGCCAUGGCUCAUUUACUUUGGUCCAUGGGUAUCAUGGCAGCUUCUCUUUGAGACACUGGCUUCAACAAUCCGAUUGGCUUCCUACUCUAGAAGCUACUCUUGCAUUGGAUGAAGAGUCUGUUAAACGAGUUGGAGACGAUACAAUUGGUGGACCUGCUGUUUCCCGACAGUCGAGGCUCAUCAGAAUAUUGAUGAGGGAUCUCUUGAUUGGUGUAAACUACUUGCACAGCCAUGGUCUUGCUCAUACAGAGUUGAGGCUGGAGAAUCUGCAUGUUAGCCCAGUUGAUCGGCAUAUCAAAGUUGGGAUAUUAGGAAAUGCAGCAGAUUUCUAUGAGGAGAGUUUAAAUGUUGGAAAUGCGGACAGCGGCAUGGACAGGCGGGAGAUGAUGAUUGCUUUUGACAUGAGAUGCGUCGGAUUUAUCAUGGCGAAAAUGGUGUUGCGGGAGCUCAUGGAUCCAUCAAUCUUCACGAAGUUCAAAUCAUUUCUCACAAAGGGAAAUGAUCCUUCAUGUCUGCGUGAAUAUCUUCUGCAAAUCCUUAGCAGGAAUUCUCCUUCUGGAAGUUGUGGCUUUCAAAUACUUGAUCGCAACUGGGGCGCCGGUUGGAAUCUCUUGUCUUUAUUGCUUGCAACCAAACCUUCUGAAAGAAUUAGAUGUCUAGAUGCCUUGAGACACCCAUUUCUGUGUGGACCAAGAUGGCGAGUGGUCCCGUCAAUGGAUAUCAUCAGAUGGGGUCUUGGCUCAACUGCUGUACGAAUUACGGAGGAGUACAUUUACGGCAACACACAGCGUAGUCGGCUUGCCCACUUCAUCGGAUUAAUGGAGAUGCUGAAUCCCCAUUCAAAACCUAAGAAUUGGCUCGAGUUGCUUCCUGGAAAAUGGCGUCUCUUGUAUUGCACCGGAAGGCACAUAGGUCUCACCCUUCGCUCGCCUCCUGCACGAGCCCUCAUUGGGAACGUACACCUCACCAUUUCAAGAGCAACUGACUCAACAACCCCUACUUUCAGAUUUACCUCCGACAUCAGCUUCACAGUCAUGGUGGGUCCCCAAUGGCCUCACAACAAGGACGGGACUCUGGGUAAGUUGCAGGUGAACUCUUUGUUCCAUCUGUCUGCCGGAAGACAGAUCUACAUCAAGGAGGAGACAACCUCGGGGAAGUUCUCGCUGGGUCAAUCAAUCGACCGUGACGCUCUACUCAGGAAAAUUUCCACAGGAAAAUGGGGCAAGGCCAUUCCUUAUAAAGAGCUUCCCUCGAGUCUCCCAGUGGUUAAGUUCGUGUCAGAUGAUGACAUUGAGGUGACCCUUAAUCUAGACGAGCCACUAAGUCGGGAUGUGAAGAUGGCAGGCAACAUAGUCCAGGAAGUUCGAAUGCAAGUCCCACCUGAAAUGUUCGACCUGUCAAAGCUUGUGUGCGGGACCUAUGUGGACUCGAGACUGCUCGUGCUCCGAGGAGUGAGUGGAUCCGCCCUCUUCUUCACGAGGUCUUGCAGUGAUGAGGGUUCUAGAUAGUAACCACUGUCCAUAGAAUGAUCGAGUAUUUUAUGCAUAUACAAAGCGUUUCUAGGUUUGUGACAGUUGAUGAUUGUUUAUUCUUUGUCUUAACGCAUUUAUCAUACCAUACGUAUCAUAUCA